CAAGCCGUUGGUUACACUCGAAAAGACUCCAGUUCAAACCAACGCGGCCGAAGCGCCGAACUCCCAGCACAAAUCCCUCCUCGGUCUCCAACCGUUUCUCCCCUCCUCCUCCUCCUCCUCCCCCCCCCCCCCCUCGCCGAAUCCCAGAGAAUUUCAGCCAAGAAUCCCCAACAUAUGGAAGGGCAGGAGGAGGAGGAUGAGGAGUUCUUCGCCAGCAUUGACUCCCUCUGGUUCUUCUCCAGCGUCUUCCUCCUCCCGCCGCCUGUCAAGGAGAAGACGAAGUGCCCUCCUCCUGGGCCCGGAGAGUUGCAGCCCGAGGAGCGGGAUUCUCCUGAGAUCCACGAGAAGGACGGCGAUUGCGGCCAUGAAGAUCCCGGAGGCGUUAGGAAGGCGGUGGCGCCGGUGGCAGGCGGGAGGAGAGCGGCUGCGGCUGCAAGAGGCCGGGUGGUCGAGGAGGAGCGCAUGGACAUGUGGCAGGAGCAGUGCCGGCAGAUGCGCGUCGCCGCCGCCGCCGCCGCCGCCGCGCCGGCGCGGUGCUCGCCUUUGCCGAUGCCGCGCACGAGCGACGGCCCGGCCAUGAGGGCGCAUCUCAGGUCGUGGGCUCAUGCCGUUGCUUGCUCGGUCAGAUGAAAGACUCGUCACUCAUAACCCCCUACUAAUUCAUGAUUUUUUUUAGGGACGAUUAAUUAGUUCAGAAUAUUGUAGCAGUGAUGUAUGCCAUUUCUUCAUUCUUUGCUCUAUCCUGAAAAAUAAAGAUUUCUUAUGGUUUGGUUCACAACUUGCUAGUAGCUAUGAUCUGUGUUUGCACAA